AUGGCCAUGCAUGUGCGCUGGCUGAGCGCGGGUCCCUGCUGGCGCGCGGUGCGGGGCGCUUGCGGGGAGCUGCGCGCCUGCGGGGAGCUGCGCGCUUGGGCCCCGCGCUGCGCGGCCGGACGCCUGUGCCGCCCCCCUGGUACCGCUUGCCGCGAGCAGAGCCGCGGGCUGGGGUACGGCCCCCCGGUGGGAGGCGGCUCCCGGCUGAGGACUCGGCUAGCCGCGGGGCUGGCGGGGCUGGUGGGACUAGCCGCCGCCGCCUUCGGGCACGUGGAGCGGGCGGAGAUGGUGCGCAAGAGCGCAUCGCCCGGCAGCCCCGAGGAGGAGGACGAUGAGCUGGCCCGCCGCUGCCGCUGCUUCAUGGCCCCGCCGGUGACCGACCUGCGCGAGCUGCGGAGGAGGCCGGACGACAUGAAGACCAAGAUGGAGCUGCUGAUACUGGAGACCCAGGCCCAGGUGUGCCAGGCGCUGGCACAGGUGGACAGGGGCGCCCGCUUCUCUGUGGACCGGUGGGAGAGGAAGGAAGGAGGUGGCGGCAUCAGCUGUGUACUUCAAGAUGGGCAUGUUUUUGAAAAGGCUGGGGUUAGCAUUUCUGUCGUUCAUGGAAAUCUUUCUGAGGAAGCAGCAAAACAAAUGAGAAGCAGAGGAAAACUACUGAAGACAAAAGAUGGUAAAUUGCCAUUUUCUGCCAUGGGCGUGAGCUCUGUCAUUCACCCCAAGAAUCCUCAUACUCCUACUAUCCAUUUCAACUACAGAUACUUCGAGGUGGAAGAAGCUGACGGUAACACCCUGUGGUGGUUUGGUGGUGGAUGUGACCUUACCCCAACAUACUUAAACCAAGAGGAUGCGGUCCAUUUUCACAGGACUCUCAAGGAGGCAUGUGACCAGCAUGGUCCAGAUCUCUAUCCCAAAUUUAAAAAGUGGUGUGACGAUUACUUUUUUAUAGCCCAUCGUGGGGAGCGGAGGGGUAUCGGGGGUAUCUUUUUUGAUGACCUCGACUCUCCAUCCAAGGAGGAGGUGUUUCGCUUUGUGCAGAGCUGCACCCAGGCGAUCAUUCCUUCUUACGUCCCCCUUGUGAAGAAGCACUGUGAUGACUCCUUCACUCCCCAGGAGAAGUUGUGGCAGCAGCUCCGAAGAGGACGGUAUGUAGAAUUUAACCUGCUGUAUGAUCGGGGUACAAAGUUUGGCCUCUUCACUCCGGGAUCCAGGAUCGAAAGCAUCUUGAUGUCUUUACCUCUCACUGCCCGAUGGGAGUACAUGCAUUCACCCUCAGAGAACUCCAAAGAAGCUGAAAUUCUGGAAGUUUUGCGCCACCCGAGGGACUGGGUGCCUUGAUGCAGACAGAGCAGCCUUCCCGGGGCUCGGGGGACAUCAGUGCACCUCCUGAUCCACUGGCCGACACCACCGCCAUGGUGUGGCACUUAGUUACCUGUGUCUUAGAGCUCCAGUCUUCUUUCUCUACCCUGGAGUCUGCCUCCUUGACAGGUGGUGAAAUGUGUUUUAAGCACCGGAAGCUUCCACCAGAUGCUGUUGGUGAUGGGUGGUGAGGUGGCAGCUUGUCAACUGGUUGAUGUAAAAGCUCAUUUGUACUUUAGAAUCAUUUUAUAUGACAAGUUUACAAACAACGACAUUGUAUUUCCAAGAAUUGGUUAAGAGGAUCUAACUAUUAUAAUUUGUUUCAGGAAACUUCUCAUGUUACUUUUGCUUCAUGUAUUAAGAUUUAGUUUCUGCCACAAAAAUCUGUUUUGGGGUAAAUUUUGUUUUCAUUAAUUCAAUAAGAUUUAGAAUGGUAAGUUUAGAAAGCUGCUGGAAAUGAAGGUAAAAAUUUUACUUUGUCAUUGCUGAAGUUUCUUAGAUCAUAAUCUUUAUAUCUUUGGAGACCAUAAUUUGGUAAAAUAUUCAUUUUUAUAAUGAUAGAUGUUUAGAAACACUGGAAAUUUUCUUAAUCUCUGCAUGUGUUACAAUUCAAUGAUUACCUACAGUUAACUGUAAAGUGACAUCACUGUUAUUUAAACAAGAAAUAAUCUAAGUGGCAUUUUGAUUUUUGUCGAUGUUGAAAGUCUAUGCACUUUUCAGCAUGAAAACUUAUAUCCUUGAAUUCUGAUAUUUGCACACUUCUAUUCUAGACACUUCUAUACAGAGGUUUAGACUAAGAACAAUCGGGGGAUGUUGUAAAUUUAGGGAAUGUUUCUCAUUUAGGAAGUGAGAAACAUUUUCCUUCUAUAAUUAGAGCAGACUUAACUAAUGUAAGAAGCGUGUAGGCAUUUUAUAAACAUAUUUCUUAGAAGAUGCACUAAUUGAAAUGACCCUCUUUUAAAAUUAGAGAUUCUGCAAGUCUUACCUUUGCUCCUAAGAGAAAAUCACAGCAGAGUUUCUGAGACUUCUUU